CCGGCGCUUCCUUGGCAGCUGCAGGUUGUUGUCGCUGCCCUUUCCCUGCCCCGGCGGCUUUCCUCUGCCCUGCCUCAAACAAGGUCCACAGGAAGAAAGGUCUGCAAAUCUGCCAGCUUAUUAGUUUAUGGUAAAGGAUGAUGUAAGUGCAGAGCUUCCAGCCACUUCCAAGAUGGGCGCUAACACCUCCAGCAAGCCACCGGCAUUUAAUGAGAAUGAUGAUGUGACAUUUGACCAUUUUGAAAUUUUGAGAGCCAUUGGAAAAGGCAGCUUUGGAAAGGUCUGCAUUGUCCAGAAAAAUGACACCAAGAAAAUGUACGCCAUGAAAUACAUGAAUAAGCAGAAAUGCAUAGAGCGGAAUGAAGUGAGAAAUGUUUUCAAAGAGCUGCAGAUCAUGCAAGGGCUGGAGCACCCUUUUCUGGUAAACCUGUGGUAUUCUUUCCAGGAUGAAGAAGACAUGUUUAUGGUGGUGGAUUUGCUUCUUGGAGGGGACUUGCGUUACCACCUGCAGCAAAAUGUCCGCUUUGAAGAAGGGACUGUCAAGCUAUUCAUCUGUGAGCUAGCACUGGCACUGGACUAUCUCCAAAGCAAGCACAUCAUCCACAGGGAUAUAAAGCCUGAUAACAUCUUGCUGGAUGAGCAGGGUCAUGUACACAUCACAGAUUUCAACAUUGCCACAGUGCUCAAUAAAGAAAUGAAAGUUGCCACCAUCGCUGGUACAAAGCCUUAUAUGGCUCCUGAGAUGUUCAGUUCUACAAAACCUAUUGGCUAUUCCUAUGCUGUUGACUGGUGGUCAUUGGGCAUUACAGCCUACGAACUUCUUAGAGGCCGGAGGCCCUAUCUAAUCCGCUCAAGUAGUGCUACAAAUGAAAUUGCCCACGUGUUCAAGACAGCUGCCGUCAUGUAUCCUGCCGCUUGGUCAAAGGAUGUGGUGUCACUGAUUAAAAAGUUACUGGAGAUAAAUUCAGAAGAACGAUUUUCUCAGCUGGCUGAUAUCCAAGACUUUGCUUAUUUGGCUGACAUCAACUGGGAUGCCGUUCUACAGAAGAGGAUAACUCCUGGCUUCCUUCCUACUAAAGGGAAGCUGAACUGUGAUCCAACCUUUGAACUUGAAGAAAUGAUCCUGGAGUCCAAACCACUGCACAAGAAGAAGAAACGCCUGGCGAAGAAGGAGAAAGAGGGCACCAAAAAUGAUUCUUUAGAGGCCUGUCAAUUGCAGAAACACCUGGAAUCAAUCCAAAGGGACUUCAUCAUUUUCAACAGAGAAAAGAUGAGGCAGCAGCAUAACGAAAUGCAAGACAACCUGAUGUUGGUACAGACUAAAGACAAGCAGGAAGAUGACCAGAAUAAUAACAUCUGAGACCAGUUUAGCUCUUGCCCAGGCGCUGUCAUCCAAAGCCGAGGCUUCUCCUUUAACUAUUUCACAGAGCUUGAGAAACGAAAUGUCAAGGAAAGACAAAUGCCUUGCUCUGUGGUAUCCAGACUACAAGCCAAGUGUCUCCUCCCACCCCCAUGGAGCUAUGGCUUAGUUACUUGCAGCAGUACAUCAGGCAGGGGGUUUGCAUUUUUAAUGCCAUUUAUUUAUUAAUUUAUUUAUUUAUCUAUUUA